AAAAUUGAAUUGAUUUUAUCGGUUGGAUAAAAACUACAUUCGCUAUUUAAACUGCCAUUUAUUAUAUUUUCAAUUUAUUCCCUUGGAAAUUUGUGCAAAAUGACUAUCGUUGAAUUAUUUUUCGAUAUUAUUUCACCAUUUUCAAGAUUCCAGCAUGAAUUACUCAUGCGACAAUUAGGUCAUUGGAAAUCCAUGCAAUUGAAAAUGACACCUGUCAUGAUACGUGAUGUGUUUGCCGCUGCUGAUAAUAUGCCACCGGGUAUGAAUCCAUCAAAAGCAAUCUAUCUGAAUCGUGAUUUAAAACUUUUAAGCGAUUUUCAUAAGAUUCCAUUCGAAUUGCCUAAGGAAUUCAUGCAGAUUGCUAUUGAAUUCAAAGUUGAUCCAGCACAGCUAUUCAUAUCGGCCAUUAAAGAUCAUAUUGAUGAAGCAACUUACAACCGUUUAGUUGGUGUAUUUUUCCAGAAUUUUUUCCGUUCAAAUCCAUCUGAAAUUUGGAAUUCAGAUGUUAUGCGUAAAAUUGCCACAGAAAUGAAUGUAUCAUCGGAUGCUAUCGAUAAAGCUUUGAACACUAUGAAUAGCGAAGAGAAUAAAGGAAAACUUGAGAAAAAUCUUGAAAGAGUAAAAGAAUUGGGUGGAUUUGGUCUACCAAUAACAUUGAUUCAUUUGGACGAAAAACCGCGAUGGGUUUUCGGUUCUGAUCGUAUGCAUAUUAUUGGACAUUUAUUGAAUGAACAACAACCACCGAUUCUUCAAUCAAAAUGAUAAUCAAUGUUUCAGUGUUGAGAA